AUGUCCUUGCUAACUGUGGCGUACCAAAGGGGGUCAGGUGAGUUUAUCCGGUUCACCGCGGAUCAACGCGGCGGUGAUGGUGGCGGCGAUGGCGAAUAUGAUCAUGGACAUGAUGGUGAUGGUGGUGGUGGUAGCGGUGGUUCACCAGGAUUCAAUUUUCACCAAGUGAUGCAACAACAAGGUGAGGUAACAAUGCAAGGUGGUUCUUUGGUUUCAGGGUACAACAGGGGGGAUCCAGAGUUGAGAGAAAUGGUUUCAGCUUUGACACACGUGGUUUCAUCAGGUUCUGGCCAGAGGGGCACCGAAUGGAUGCAGCAAAGUGGCUAUCCUAUGAUGUCAGGUUUUGGACAUGCACCUUCUCUCUCACGUUUGUCUUCUUUCUCAUCUUCUUCUCCUUCUUCUGGACCCUCUUCUGUUGGUCAGAAAAGAGGGAGACAAGAACAAGAGACUAAUACCUCUUCUUCACAUAACUUGAUGCAACAACAAAGUGCUCCAAGACUCUUCCGAACCGUUGGAGACUUCAUGGUGCCUUCUCAAGGAGACUCAUCUUCAGUGACUGAAGAAACUCCCACCUCCACAACUACUACUGUAACCGCCGUGGCCACUGCGGUUAGUGAAUCCACGCCAGGUGGUGGGGAAAGGAGGAGAAAGUACAGGGGAGUGAGACAGAGGCCAUGGGGAAAAUGGGCAGCUGAAAUCCGUGAUCCACAUAAAGCAGCAAGAGUUUGGCUUGGAACAUUCGACACUGAAGAAGCAGCAGCAAGAGCGUAUGAUGAAGCUGCAUUGAGGUUCAGAGGCAACAGGGCAAAGCUAAACUUCCCUGAAAAUGUUAGAGCAGUUCCACCUCUUCAACCUUUCCAACCCGCCACAAGGCUAAUCGUUUCUGACUCCUCCACCACUCAAUUCCGGCCACUCCCCGCGGCCGUGGCGGCGCCAGCUUUCAUUCAGCCGCCACAGAUGCAGGGCUCCUCUGACUUGAUCAGAGACUACUUGCAAUACUCUCAGCUUCUACAGAGUGAUUUUCAACAUCAGCAUCAUCAUUAUCAACAGCAACAACCACAACCUUCUAGUUUGCUUCAGCAGUUGUACUAUAAUUCACAAUUGGCUUCACUUCAAUCAUCUUCAUUGUUACCAUCAUCACCUUCAUUUUCUUCUUCCGUGUCACCAACUCCAUUGCCAUUAUUCUCAACAUCUGCUCAAUUUUCCUCUGCUUCAUUUCCCAUGUUUUCAAGUCAACAAAUGGACUAUUUCCAGCCACCGGAAAUCCUCCCUCCGUCCAGCGGCAGGCCGGAGCUUCCGCCGUCAACAUGGUCGGAUACCAGUGGCCAGCCACCACCUUCUGGUUGA